AUGUAUCUUAUUUUUACAGAUUUGGCCAAAGAUUACGCAUCCAAAUUUGAAAAUUUAAUAAGACUUCAGGAAUUAGAAUGGUGUAUUACUGAGAAUAUUAAUGAAAAAGAAUUAAACAUAAAGCCAAAAAUUAUGAGACAAAUGGACGAAUACUGUAAAUAUUUAACUGAAAAGUGCUUACGAGUGGAUUUACAACCUAAACAUUUGGAAGAAAUGGAAAAUUUCAUUCGUAACGUAGAAAUCAGACAGAGUAUGGCUACACCGAGCUUAAGUCAAAUUAAAAUGUUUGCUACUCUUGAUGUAAACUUUGCAUCUUGGAGUUUAAUUGGUGGUUGGAAACCAAAUUCGGUGGUUUAUGUAGCAAAGAAAGCAUGUAGUAGUUUGAAGAUGUUCGCGGGGAACGCGUGGUACUAUACAGUAUUGAAGGCUUUUAACAUUACUAAAACUAGCUGUCCAAUUCUUCCGGGUAAAUAUGUUACAUCAGGAAUGGAUUUGAAGGACGUAGAAGAAAACCAUAACUUUCCCAAGGUGUAUUUUUAUGGAAAAUAUAAAGUAUCGUUUAAGAUAAAAAAUGAUAAAAAUGAAAUUAUAACUUGCUACAUAUGCGAAAUGAGUCUUAUACGACCAUGGGAAAAACCAAUUUAA